UGCCGGGGGCCCGCUAUGGCUUGUCCUGUCAGGGAGGUGCGAACCUCUCGCUCCAGCCCGGCCCGUGCCUGUUCCCGCGUCCCGAGAGGGAGCUUCGCUGGGGGAACCCACUGCAGCUCUGUGAUCGCUGAUCCACGCUUGACUGCCUCAAGGGCUCCUGGCAAGAUGGCACCUUCCAGACUUCCCAUCCUUCUACCACUGGCAUUUUCCUCUUUGUCCUUUGUUCUUUCCCAUUCAAACAGAGUGAUGUGGUUUCAGGAUUUCUUUCCACCUAACAUGUGCCCUAUAAAUGCCAAAGAUGACACUUUUUAUGGCAUAAUGUUUGAUGCAGGAAGCACUGGAACCCGAAUUCACAUUUACACUUUUGUGCAGAAGAGCCCAGAAAAUCUUCUGGAGUUGGAAGGGGAAAUCUUUGAGUCUGUGAAGCCAGGUCUUUCUGCUUAUGCUGAUCAGCCUGAAAAGGGUGCUGAAACUGUCAGAAGAUUACUGGACAUGGCCAUAGAUGCUGUGCCACCUCAUCUCUGGAAGAAGACCCCUGUAGUGUUAAAAGCCACCGCUGGACUGCGCUUGCUGUCAGAGGAGAAAGCACAGGCUUUGCUUUUAGAGGUCAGGGAAGUCUUUGAGGAAUCACCAUUUCUUGUUCCAGAGGACAGUGUUAGCAUCAUGGAUGGGUCUUAUGAAGGAAUUUUAGCCUGGAUCACUGUGAACUUUUUGACAGGGCAGCUGUCUGGCCAGAACCAGCAUACUGUUGGGACUCUGGACUUGGGAGGAGCCUCAACCCAAAUCACAUUUCUUCCACAGUUUGAGGAAACUUUGAAGGAAGCCCCUGGGGAUUUUCUUACCUCAUUUGAAAUGUUUAAUAGCACCUACAAGCUCUAUACUCACAGCUAUUUGGGGUUUGGACUAAAAGCUGCCAGACUAGCAAUACUUGGAGCUUUGAAUAUGGAAGCUGUGGAUGGACAAAUGUUCCGCAGUUCUUGUUUGCCAAAGCAUCUGGAGGCAGAGUGGCACUUUGGGGGAGUGAAAUACCGGUACGGUGGCAAUAAAGAAGGAGAAACAGGAUUCAAGCCUUGCUACUUAGAAGUACUGAAGGUUGUCAAAGGGAAACUGCACCAACCAACUGAGAUUCGUGGGAGUUCCUUCUAUGCUUUCUCCUAUUACUAUGAUCGUGCAGUUGACACCAACCUAAUUGAUUACGAACAGGGAGGUAUUCUGGAAGUGAAAGAUUUUGAAAGAAAAGCCAAAGAAGUCUGUGAUAACAUGGAGAGGUACAAUUCAGCCAGUCCUUUCCUCUGCAUGGAUCUCACUUACAUCACUGCUUUACUAAAGGAAGGUUUUGGAUUUAGGGACAACACACUCUUACAGUUAACAAAGAAAGUGAACAACAUAGAGACAAGCUGGACUUUGGGUGCUACCUUUCACCUACUGCAGUCUCUGGGAAUAACCUACUGAGUUGAAACAUUCCUGUGGACUUCAGCAUUUCAGAAAGGCUGAGAAAGCAAACCAAAAUCUUCAGGUACAUUGUUCAGCUGGAGUUGGCCACAGAGCAGAAUAUGGACCAAAUCUAUAGAACAGAUCUGCACCUCAGACUGGUAUUGGGUAUAAUGUGAGUUGCACAGUAUGAUUUAUACUUGUGAUUGCCAUAAAUGAUCCAGAAGUUGCCUUCUGAAAGUUAUAAGGCCUAAACUCCCAGUGUAUCUGCAAGGAGCUCAAAGCCAGCUUUCACCAGCAUGUUGGAAUAGCACCCGUUGCCAGAAGCACAGAGCAGCUGAUAUGUGGUGGCACACUGCAGACUGCAGUUAUUUUCCCUUCCCCUUUUAUUUUAAAAAUACACAAAUUAAGGUAGCUUGUGAGAUGCUAAAUACAGAAAUUAAAGAUGGCAUCAACAGCCAUUCAGAGAAAAGUGAACCCGUUUGGAUGCUGCCAGCUUUGGUAUUCCAAGUGCCCAGCUGUUAGCUAAGCUAAUGCAUUGCAAGAAGAGUCCAGUUUUUCAGAAGGGGGGCCUGAAAUAAGCACAUGGGCAUGGUUUUGGGAAAGGUGUUGGCUAAAACUCUUGGUUUUAACUUAGCAUUUCAUUAAAGAGCAAUCAGUUCCUAAGCAGAAUGUGACCCUGACUGUGUUUGUUUUGCUGCCCUUUAAAAGUCUGAGCAGUUAUACCAUACAUUUGGGUACCAGACCUGAUAAACUGAUUGACUGAUUUAGCAUGCAGUCAUAACACAAAGUUGUGCUGGCACCAUGAGACAUCAGUGCCAGCUACUUAAACUCCACUGCCAGGAGAACUGCUUGUCACAUUACACCCACAAGGACAUUAAGGGUGCAGUGAGAUGAAAUGCAGUGAGCUGAUAGCUCACUUUGAGAGGCAAAUCUGUUUCCCUGCUUUCAGCAAGGCACUCCCACAGCUUGCUUUCUUUUGAUGAUGGAGCUCCUCAGGUUCUUUGGUGAACCAGUUCAUAAUGCCAGAGUUAAAUCAGUUCACCAGUCAAAGCUAGUGCUAACACAAGGGAAAUAAGCAUUGCACAGCCUGGGAGACCUGCUGGGACACAAAGCUGUUAGAACACCAGAGCCCAUUUUACUGUAGCGAGCUCUUAAGGUGUGGUUUCCCAUCUGAAAGUUUGGGCUUAUUGCUUCCUGCACUCUGCUUGGGAACCCCCCCCCCAAGAAUGCAGUGCUGUGGUGAGAAAAGUUGUUUUUUCAGUUGUUUAGUACAUGAAAACAGGGAGAUUGUGGAAUUAGCAUCAGAAAUGAGCAGGUUUGCUUUCUUAUCCUUUGUUUGCUUAUUCCUUGUCUACUUAAAAUUGUUUUAAACUUAAUUUCUUUAUUAAUACAGUGGAGCUGAACCCAUAAAAUGGUGCAGCCUGCAUCUCCCUGAAAUUAUUUUUAAUACAUACAGCAGAGCUAGCAGUGACAGUGUUGCAGCUGUUCCAGAAGCCCAAAACAUGUCAGGAUAGCAUGAAUCUAUAUCUGAGUAACAAUUUAAAGUGGAUCUUGCCAUCUCUUUCACACCAAACACAUGGAAGCAAUGAAAGGUCAAUAUUCUAGAUGAAGUGUCUUGUCAGAUAAGAUAGAAAGCUGAGCUGUAAGAUCCUGGUUUUCCUGUUUAAUUGGCUGUAGAGAACAUGAAGAUACCUCGAAUACCGUAAGGCUCUAGGUGCAGACCUUGCAUUGUCCUGAACAGAUCAGCUGUAGAGACAACUUUUUCCACCCCAUGAACAGCUGGCAGCUAGGUCAUCUGUUUGCUCCUAUUUAGAAAAAAUUAAGUAUCUUCUAUUCACCAUGGAAUAUGUAGUGUACAGAUGAAUUUACCCCAGUUAUAAGAACUGAGAAGUAUUAUGCAUCUGACUAAGGGAAGCUUUUAUCCACUGACUUCUUGUGACAAAACACUUUCCUGUCAGGCAUUUGCACUUACCUGUUUGCUAUAAGACACCUUUCCCACUUCUGUAAAACCAAAGACUGCCCUCGUGCUACCUUCUCUGCAAACUGGAUUUGAAAAUAAUUGGUAAUUCUCAGCAAGGGGAGGAAGUAGCUUGCUCAUGCCCUCACCAAGCUGUUUGGAGACUUAGAAACUUGCCUUACUGUGAACAUUAGUCCACUUCCUCGAGUUAGCAGCACAAGUUUUAGUGCGACUGAUGAUGCUACUCCCUUCUCAUAUCUCAGGUUUUACAGCACUAGGGUGCAAGGUGUGCUUUUGUUGAAACAAGUUGUCAGCAACAGGAGUCCAAGGAUUGAUGAUGGAGCUACCCGUGCUUGUCCCACCACUGACACCUUGCUGUAAAUUCAGGCUGUUUCUGUGAAAUGUGAAAUGUUCAUCCUAUCUGUACUGCCUACCAAAAUCUGUUUUGAGAUCCAUGUUGGAAAAGUCCUCAGUGUCACACCAAACUUCUGUUUCUCACUACUGUUAGAACAUGAAUAGAGUGGUUGUGGAGGCAGCCUGGUGGCUGACUUCUACCAAAAACAUUUCUUAUUCCUCUUCCUAUUGUCCCACAAAACUUAGUAUAAGGGUUGGUCUGCACAACAAGGUGACUGCAAAUGUGUUCAUUCUGUGUUCAGUAAACAAUUUUAUUCACCUCUGUAUUCUCAAAGUACAGUGCCACAUGCAGUGGUUACGAGCCAGGCCGCAAUACUCCUGAAAACUCUCUCAUUUCAUUCCAAAAGUUUUCUUUCAGUCUGAGCCAGUGUUAUGGCAAACUCUUAGUAGGUCUUGGGGUGGAGAGCCAUAGGGCUGUAUUUGAAACAGGAAUGGAAGGUGGGAUGUUACAUGUAAGGAACCAGCAGCAGCUCAUCUGCCAGCUGGACAGACACUAACCCCCAGGAGUACUGAAGGGUUUGGUUUUGUCUGGAGGGAGGAUGGUCUAGAACAAGGCAGGUACCAGAGGAAGUUUCUUUCCUGUGUUCUUUGCCACAGAUUCUGGUACUACACGUGCUAGGUGGGAGCAUCUGCUUCCCAGUACCAAAGUUGCAUUAAAUCUGAAUGCUCAGGGCCCUCAUUUGUCAGUGACAUAAUUCAUUAACUGAGGCAAAACUGCUGCUCUCUAUCAGGGGCCUGAUCCUGCAAUGAGAGAAACAAAAACUCAGCUCAAAGGUUUCUUGUGCAAAAAAUUGCAGAAUUAAGUCCCUGCUGUUUACAUCUAAACUACCCAAGGUGGGUGGGGAAUCUAGAAAAGACAGUCUAGUCCUCACACCCUCAUGCAAUGAGAUUAUUUAUGAGCUUAACUACAAACCUAAGCAGCCUUUUAUGAGAAGAGUUCUACUUGCAGCCCUGAUUUUUAUCUCCUCCUUCAUAAUGUCUUUUAGCCAGUCACUAACAGGAACUGAAGAAGCACAAGUAAAGGCUUUCAGAUCUUUAUUCUUUCUGAUGUUAAUUCCUGAUACUGGUUAAUAAUAUGUGUAAAUCUUGCCCAUGGGCAGAGCUCACUUAAUGUUGUGAAUGUCAAAUGUCUAAUGCAGGAGGCUGGUGUUUGGAACCUAAGACAGAAUAUCCUGAAUGUCUAUUUUAGUAAUUAAAGCAUUUUUAACAAUAUUCAA